AUGUCAUUGUCAUCCGUCAAUAGGAAUAAACUCUUAAUAUUAUCUCCUGAAGACUCCCAGUUGUGCGAUGAUGUUGUAAAAUAUUUAUUCGGUGAUGUGACUGACACUACUAAUUCCAUCAUACGAAACAAAGUAUGGGAAACGAAGUAUUACAGUGUAUCUUUAGAUAUUUACUUAGGUGAUUUUGUAAGUCUAAAGAAUUGGUGCGAUGAGUUCAUGGCAGAUGAAUGUGCUGAGUUGAGGGAUGCACUUGCCGGGAUCGUCUUGCUGGUCGAUGACCUGUCCAACCUGGAAUUAUUCGCUGCAAUGGUUGACUCUGCUAAAUUCAAGGACGGCAAGUUGCUCGUUGUAUGCAAUAUAGGGUCUGAUACCCUAACCGAGGACGAUGUAGAGCGUCAGAAUGCCAAUAUGCUAGGUACGGGAAUAACGUUUCUGAAUUGGCAUAAUGAGGGAAAGAAUUCGUUUGGAGAGGCGAUUGGAAGAAGCCAGCUCAAGGAAUUGUUUGAUGUGCACCAAUGGGACACCCAUGACUUUCAGUUAAAGAAGGUUUCCUCCUCAGACACAGCCGAUCAAUCCAAAUUUGAUCCAGCGUCAAUGGGGAAUAUUGUUACACAGUUAAAACAAGCUAGGGAAAGGUACUUAGAAAUUACUGAUGCAAAAGAUGCAGAAGAGUACGCUAACGGUUUGGCUUGGGAUAUAACAGAGAAACUCGUUGGCAAUGAAUGA